AGAUGAGGAUGAGAUAAAAGAGGCGGCCUGAUUGGCGAAACGACCGCGUUUACAAAACCCUAGCUCCAUCUUAUUGUUGUUGCUCUUGGUGUUGGAUCCAUAAAAAAGGAAAAAAAGUUUUGCAGAGACUCACACAAGCAAAUCGAGGCGAUGGAUCGGUACCAGAGGGUAGAGAAGCCUCGUGCAGAGAGUCCGAUGAAUGAGAACGAGAUUCGAAUCACUACUCAGGGAAGAAUGAGAAAUUACAUCACUUAUGCCACCACUCUCCUUCAGGAGAAAGGAUCUGAUGAAAUUGCUCUUAAAGCUAUGGGCAGGGCUAUUAGUAAAACUGUUAUGAUUGCGGAACUUAUUAAGCGCCGGAUUGCAGGGCUUCAUCAAAACACGGCUAUUGGUUCGACGGAUAUAACUGAUAUGUGGGAGCCGCUCGAAGAAGGCCUUCUUCCCUUGGAAACCACUCGCCAUGUGUCUGUCAUAACCGUCACCUUGUCCAAGAAGGAGCUGGAUACAUCAUCCCCGGGGUAUCAGCAACCCAUUCCAAUUGAUCAGGUGAAGCCACUGAAUGAGCAUGAACUUGAAGGAGAGGGCUCUCCUAGGGCGAGAGGAAGAGGUCGUGGUGGUAGUGGAAGAGGCAGAGGCCGAGGCAGAGGGAGUAAUAGCAACGGAGUGGUUGAGUACAAUGGGGAUGGCGGUCGUGGAUACGGUGUCUAUGAUGGUGGGCGUGGUGGAUAUGGGGGCUAUGAUGGCGGGCGUGGUGGAUACGGGGGCUAUGAUGGCGGACGUGGUGGAUACGGGGGCUAUGAUGGCGGGCGUGGUGGAUACGGGGGCCGAGCUCGAGGGAGAGGCCGCGGUUAUCGGGGACGUGGAAGGGGAUAUGGCAGUGGGGAGAUGCAACAGGAAUUUGGUGGUUACAAUGACUAUGGUGGUCCUGCUCAAGGCCGAGGUCGUGGGCGUGGCCGCGCUGGCAGGGGCAGAUCUGGUAGUCGGGGCCGUGGUCGUGGACGAGAUUUCAGAUCAGAUGCUCCAGUCCAGGUAGCUGCCUGAGAACCCUAUUCAAGUGAGGUAUAGGACGUGGUUUAAAUGAAGAGUUCCGGAUGCCUGCUCGCUUUCAUGUCUAAUUGCAGAUAAAAAUGAAAACUUAAAAAAGGGAAGUGAUUUUCCAAUCAUAAAUCUAUAGGGUUCUUUGUCAUAGUGUGAGCUGCUACUAGUGUGGAGGGUAUGGUUUUGUAGCUAGGAUUGUUCUAAUUUUAAAUGAAAGAAUCAAAAGUUGUACACCUGUCCUUUUUAGAAAUAAUAGAGCAGUACAUUCUUUCAUUCUUAAAUUUGGCAUUGCACUUUAUAUGUAUUACCGAGGUUAUAUUAAAUGCCUUUUCAAGGGGUUUAUAAUGUU